AAGUGAGAAAAAGCAAAAGUAAUCUGGAACAAAACUCUGUAAAUCUUUUUACUAGGCCUAAGUAUGCCUUAUUAAUUGUAUGUUAAAUGAAAUAAGGCUUUUAGCCUAAGUAGGCCAGAGAGAUCUCAAAGGAAACCUAAUACAAGGAAAAGAUUACACUAAAAAUACUAAUAACAGCAACAAACUCUUUACUUUUCAUAAUCGAACUCACUGCUGGGCAGCAAAGUUGGACUAAGGCUGAAUUCAAUUUCACCACCUUUUCUCCUGGCAGAGUGAAUAUAUUUUCAAUACUGCACAUCCAUAUUGAGGAUGAGGUGCUCCAAGGCAGCUCUGCACCAGCAGCGAUCCCCACUUUACUCCUCAUUUAUCAACUGCAAUGAAGUUGCAGCUUUUUGCGAUUUAGUAUCUAAAGAUGAAUUAUUUUCUCCAAAAGGGGAGGCCACCACCCUUAGCCCGUCCCAGGGGUCCGGGAUGACCCUCCUGCGGUGGGCGCUGCGGGUACCAGCGCCGGGGUCCCCCUGCCCCUCGCCCUCCAGAGGCAGCAGGUACAGCUCACUUUUGGGGCUGGAAGCGAAUAUCAGGAGACGGGCUUAAAGCGUAAAAAGCUAAAAACCGGUCAAGUACGUAGAGGUGGAAACAGCAGCUCCAGGAGAGGAGCACCUGCCCGCUGCUCGCCCGGGGCGCUGAGGGGUUAAGGCGCUCCGGGGGCGGGCGCAGCCGGCCGGCCCCGCCGCGCCGCGGCUCUCAAUGGGAGCGGCGGGCCGGGCUGAGCUCGGCCGUGCCGCGGCGAUGUCGCAGGGUCCGCCGGGCGCGGGGCAGCUCAAUGACCUGCCCGACCACUCUCCGCGGGUGCGCGGUGCCGUGUCCGAGCUGCGGCGGCGGGCGGAGGCAGAGCCCGGCCAGCACUGGCCGCAGCCCCUCUCCGAUGCUUUCCUGGUGCGGUUCCUGCGCGCCCGGGAUUUCCAGCUGGACCUGGCCUGGAGGUUACUGAAGAAUUAUCAGAAGUGGAGAAUUGAAUGCCCAGAAAUAAGUGCAGAUUUGCAACCAUCUUCUGUUCUUGGUCUUUUGCAAGCUGGCUAUCAUGGAGUCCUAAGGUCAAGAGACCCACAUGGAAGCAAAGUUGUAAUAUACAGAAUUGGACAAUGGGAUCCCAGUUUAUUUACAGCAUAUGAUGUGUUUCGUGUAAGUCUCAUCACAUCUGAACUCAUUGUAAAGGAGAUCGAGACUCAGCGAAAUGGAGUCAAGGCCAUCUUUGACCUUCAAGGGUUGAGAUUUGCUCAUGCUUUUCAAAUCAGCCCAGCAGUGGCCAAGAAAAUUGCUGCUGUUCUCACAGAUUCCUUUCCACUGAAAGUACGAGGUAUCCACUUGAUUAAUGAGCCUUUAUUCUUCCACCCAGUCUUCGCUCUAAUUAAGCCUUUUCUCACUGAAAAAAUAAAGCAACGGGUGUACAUGCAUGGAAGUAACUACUUGCAGAGUCUGACCGAACACUUCCCUGCCAGCAUUCUCCCACAGGAAUAUGGGGGGGAGGAAGUCUCCUUUGAAGAGCUGGCCAAGGAAUGGACUGACUUCAUAAUGGCAUCUUCAGAUUAUCUUGAGAGCAUUUCUCUGGUUGCCUAGGAAGUACCUUAAUAGAGUAUUUUAUCAAUUCUUGAACACUGGCAUUGGAAAUAAGUUUAAUUUGAAAACUUCCAUUGUGAAUGAAACCAGUAUGUCUUUGCAGAGCACUCACUGAAUGUUAUAUUGGCUGCACUUUUAUACUAACUGGAGUCUAUCAGUUUGUAUGUCUGAAGAGAUUAUGAAUUUUACAUAUUUGUCUCACUGUUUGUAAUUGAGUAACUUGUAUACCAGAAAGCUGAAGAGUGCAUUGGAUAUCAGCUUGAUACUGCUGCUAUUAGGUCUUUGGAGAUAACUCUUCUGUAAUAAUGCAGUCCAGAACCUUACACUUAGCUCUUGUGUCUUGGCUUGUCAAGACAAUAGGAUACAAAACAAAGAACAGACUGUGAAUAGGGUAGUUUGUUGCAAAUAUAAGACUACAGGGCUAAUUAAUUUACAGGGAGUGAAGAUGCUGCUUUUUGGAUUGAUUCUCAGAGGAAAUGCUGUUUUGUUAGUUUGUGUCAAAUUGAAAAUUAGUCAGCAAUAGUGAGACAUUUGUGUUACUCUUUGUGCUGCUUGUGCAGCUUCACUUUUUGUGCUAAUUAACAGAGUAGCCUUCAAGUUUUAUAGAGAAAACACCACCUACGUAUUCUUCAAAGGACAGUGUGAAUCAGGAGAAGGAACUGGUAAAAGAGUCAAAACAACCCUGAAAAUUCAUAUUUUUUUUCUUCAAAGUGAUACUGUCUAUAUCUGGACAACUAUAAGCAACUCAGAUCAUUUAUCCUUUAAUCCCUAGUGUAGAGGACUAAGGAGGUCAAAAGUUUUCGGCUGUUUGCAUUAUCUGUUUGUUUCAGGGGGUAAAGUAGGUUAACCUUUGCAGAUCUGAAUUUUAGAAAUAUCUGCUGUAUGUUUUAAGGGUGUUUUGAGGUCACUUUGGACCUCAGCAUAGGAGAGGCUUGGUAUCGUCCUUUUAUUUUCAGUACAGUAAUUGACAACUUGCCCGUUUAUUUGCUGCUGGGCACUGAGAGAAAUGAUUUUUAAUUUCCAGUGAGACUACAUCUUCAUUUCUGUAGGGGUAAUAAAAAAAAAUCUCUAUACUUACUGAAAGCAGGUUUUUGUUUUGUUUUGUUUUGAAGGGGCAUAGUUGACAUAUGAAUAUUGCAUGUGUGAAAGCUAUCACUCACAUUACAGAGCAGUAUCAUGCUGCAAUCCUCUGUAUUUAGUAAUCUCAACCAUUAUUUUACUUUUCUUUCAGCUUUCUCCUAAAAUCUGUUAGUACACCAGCUGCUAGAGUUCAUUUACCCAGUUCUUAACUCUGUUUUGUUUUUGCAUAGGCACUAUAUAUUUGAGCAUUCCAUUUGAAUUUUCCUAUGAAUAAAUCCAUAAAAAUGCUUUUAUCUCAGGUAGCUAGAAAUUAUAACUUUAGUUAUUUUGUAACCUUUAGGACAUUGGUAUAUAGGCAUAGGGGACAGAAAUGGAACUAUCCUAUUAUAUUAGAAAUGUCUUACUUUAGAUUAUGAUUAUUAAGGCAUUAUUGCAAGAGUCAUUGGAAACUACUCUUUAUUAGCAAGAGGAACAUCUGUCAAAGACCCACUAAAGUACUUGUUGGUUGUAGUUUCUUCUGCUAUGGUAAGAUCAAUGCCAGAAAUUCUUUCAAAACUGACAAAAUUUUUUUUUCUUCCAAUUUCUGAAUUUCCUCAAGUGCCUUUUUCAUUCAUCUCUUUCAAAGUAUUUUUGAUAUGGGGCCUAAAUUUAAAGAAACCUUUUUCAGAUAUAUGAUUCUAUGAAAAUGUAUUUAAUAUAUAUUUCUUUUUCUCAGAUUAAACUAUUUUGUGAUACAAAAGCUCCUUAACUAGAGGAGUUCAAUGAACUGCAAAUUCUUCUUUAUAAGAAAAUAGACUAAGUAGUCAGGUAUCUGGCAAUUGCUCAAGUGUGUAACUCAAGUUCCAAGUAAUUUACCAGCUGGAGAACCUAAGCUAUUGUCUUAAUAUUACAGUCCUUCAAUUUUAAUCUGUGAAUGUAAACUGCAGGAAGGAAUGAACCAUGUUUCAUUGAACAAGAAAAUUUAAACUUUUCCUAUGAAACCAAUCUCUGGUUGCUACUGGUUUAUGUAGCAGAAACGAUAUUUGAUUGCAUAGGUAUGUGCAUAUUUAGCUGGGGCUUUUUAAUCUUUAUUUGGACUUCACCAGCUCUAUGAACUUAAAGUCCUAAAUGACUUCAAAAAUACCCUGAUCCUGUGACUAAGGGGUAGCGUUUUUGCAUAACUCAACAGUUAGAGCACUGAGUGCAGUUAUAUUUUCCUGAACUGUUAAUUAUUUUUUAAUGUUUACAUAUUAUAUAGGAGGUAGGAACUCUUAAUUGCCAUUGCUGCUAAUAAUAAGGACAUAAGAUAAUUGGAAUAUUUACAUAAUGAAUACUGGAGAUCUUGGUGUGAUGCAUGGUGGUGUUGCAGCUUUGAGCAGCAGCCAACUAAGCAAAGAUCCCUAAGUGCAUUAUUCUUUAUAAACAUUGGGAGUGCCUCUAAAAAAAAUAAAGUUCCUGUUAAAUGGUGCAAAUAUAAUUUAGUACUGACUGUAAGCAUGAUGUAAUGCACGAUUUUUUAAAGAUUUCUCUCUUUUUUGAUGUAUUAGCACACAUUUUCAUUAAUAAACCCUUUCUGGUUGAACCAGCCUUGUGUGAUACAAGUGAUGCCUUAAGUUUUAGCUUUCAUAUUUUCAGAUUCUGUGCUGCCUAGGGGAUGUGUUCUGAGCCUCAUAUUAAAUGUUAGUGAGCUCUCUUCACAGAGUAGGCAGACAGAACAAAUCCUUUCCCAGAUGGAGACCGCGGACAACUGAUACAAGUUUUCAGGUCCAAAAGCACAAACAAUGGUGGACUGAAGAGAGAAAACAAGAAGGAUGGAACUUCAUAACCUGAAGCUGUAAUUGGACAAUUAAACCUAUUACGCAAAUAGACCAAAAUUUACAAAAGUGUAAAACCUCGUGACCCGUCAUCCAUUUUGUGACAUUUUGGGUCCACCUUGGGUGUAGCCUGCCAGGCUCUUGUCCUGCCCAAGGUGUAUCCUUAAAGGCCUUUUAAUAAAUAUCUACUUCAUUCUCUAGCUCUGUCCAGCCUGUGUUCCAGG